AUGGAGAAAAGAAGCAGUAGAAGUAAAGGAGACGGUGAGGUGCGAUAUUUCAGAGAGGCGGUAUGGAAGGAUCUGGAGACUGAUGGAGAUAAGACAGAGGACCAUUUCUGUCAAAAAGGACACAGAGAUGAAACAACGCCGUGCUCCUCUUCACUCUUCUCUUCUCGCUUUCUACUAUCCAAGAGCAAUCGCCGUCGACCUUUGUAUCCUCAGCGGUGCAGACCCCACCCUCACCGUCAAAUCAACACGGCGGGAAUAGAAGAGCUCGAAACUCCAGCAGCCAGCUCCACGCCUCCGUUUCUCCCGUUUCCACUUUCUAGCCUCCACUCCUUAGCGGCACCGGCGACGGCACAGAUCUUCCCCAUCAGUGAACUAGAAAUGGCUAAUAUUGCUGAUAUGAUUCAAGAGAUCCAAGGGCGUCAUGCCGAUGCUACUAACUUAAGUAACACUAUUCAUGGAAGAGUUGAAACUAUAAGGUUGAGAUCCCUUGCAACAAACAACGAAUUUGAAAUUGCUCGACUACGAGUUAGGUGCACUGGACUUUUUACCAGAAUUCUUUGGCUUGAAAGUUUUCAGUAUCUUCUCGAAGACCUUGAAGAUAACUUGCACACUUUACAACUAGUACUUGAUGUUUCACACUUUGCGCAAGGCUUGAUGCAACUCUUUAACAAUGUGCUUGAGGAAUUGAAUGCAUUCUUUGCGAAUGUUGGGUUGGGACCAGAUCAAGCCAAUCAGGUCCACACUGGUCUUCAAGAUGUACUUAACAAUAUUAAUCAAAGUCUCCACGCCUUUGGAGUGCCUUUUAAUACCGGAUUUGGAUUGCAAUUUGGAGAAGACGACGUGGCAGCAGUGGAUUCAGUUCUUGGGCCUGCGUAAUGUAAUACCCAUUUGGUGAACGGGUUUAAUUAUUCUUCAUUGUUUAUAACUGUCUAUACAAUUGAUGAUGCAUUUUAUGGUAUACCGGUAGUAACUUGAAAUGUUUAUGUAAAACUUCCAUCAUGCCUUGUUUUGUACCGAAAACAGGAGUAUCCACUUUUCAGCUUUCAUA